AUGAAUCGGGCGCCUCUGAUGAAAUGUGACGAUAAGGCUUCCGAAGCAGCUAGUCCACGGAGUGAAUUAUUUGUGUUGAAUGCCGCCGAAGUUGAUCAGGGCUUCAUUGAACCCGGGAUUUUAAGCGGUUAUCGGUUCCCCAGCAAAUCAUACAAACUUUGUUUGAUCUCUCUGUUCAGAUUGCACAACGAAACCAUUAACAUAUGGACUCAGCUAAUACCUGCAUUCUAUUUCACUCAUCAGCUCAUAACAUCCUUCAACUCGUUGGACCCCUUUCUUUUUAUUUACCUUUGUACAACUGUGCUGUUUUUGUUUACUAGUGCAUGUGCUCAUACUUUCAGUUGUUUGUCACCCAUUGCUCGUCAUGUUUGUUUCUUUUUUGACUAUGUAGGUAUAACUCUUUACUCGGCGGGUUCAGCGGUAUGCUACUACGCCUAUUCGCUACCAAAAGAGCUCAUGAGACCAUCGGCGUAUGUUGGAGCUGAUGUAUGUGAUGUUUAUCUUUUCAUAUCUGUAUUUUUGGCGAUCAUUAGCACCCAUCUAUCAUGCACUACGAGAUUUUGGAUUACAAACUUCUAUACAAAAACCAUUCGCCUCGGAGCAUUUGUGGUACUAUGGGCUUAUCUAGCCAUCCCGGUGAUUUGGCGUGCUCUUCAUUGCGAACAUUGGUUCCCACACAACGACUCAUCCACUGAAUGUGCAUCCAUGUACUACUGGAUGCUCGAGUUCGGUUCAGCUAUCAUAGCGGGAAUGUUAUAUGUUUCGCAUUUUCCCGAAAAGUAUUUUCCAGGCAAAUUCGACAUUUUCGGACAUAGCCACCAAAUUUUUCAUGUUUUUGGUGCAUCUGGGGCUUUCAACCAAUAUAGGGCUCUGAAAGUUGAUUUCCAAGAACGUCAAGAAAUUCUUCGGCAGCUGUCUCACAGCCCAUCGCUCGUUUUAUCCUUGUUAUGUAUUUCGAUUGUCAUUUUCGUUAACUUGAUCAUAUUUUCCAAUUUUUACAAAAAGCUAUCUCGUUCCUACGGACUUAAACAAAAUUAA